UCCCCCCUUAACAGCAGUUCUGAAAUAAACGGGUUCCUCUAACAGCUUUCAAAACCCAAUAAUCACCCAAGGGAAGACGGAAAGGCAGGAUUUGCUCCAGUUCUUGUUCAGAGGGUAAAAAUUUCUGGGGAACUUUGUUCCUUUCAGAAAGACUUUUUUAUGCCCUCCCACCUGCUUUUCGAAAUCCACCAACCACAAAAUUUACUCCAUCCCCCUUUUUUUCUCUCUCCGUUACACACUCCCUCUCUCUUUUUAGCAGCAACAUACAAGCCGGCCAUAUUAGAGAGAUGGAAAUAAAGCUUCCUUAAUGUUGUAUGUGUCUUUGAAGUACAUCCGUGCAUUUUUUUUUAGCAUCUAACCAUUCCUCCCUUGUAGCCCUCGGCCCCUCAAAUCGCCCUCUCCCACAUCCCACCCGACUAGCAUCUCCCUCUCUGAAAAUGCACAGAGAUGCCUGGCUACCUCGCCCUGCCUUCAGUCUCACGGGGCUCAGUCUCUUUUUCUCUUUGGGUGCAGAAGGCUUGUCCCCUCCCUGGCCCUGUCAUCCAGAAUCCUCACCAGCUUGUGGCUUUAUCCGCAGUGCCACCAGGGCGGAGCAUGGAAGUCACCGUACCUACCACCCUCAACGUCCUCAAUGGCACUAAUGCCCGCCUGCCCUGCACCUUCAACUCCUGCUACACAGUGAACCACAAACAAUUCUCCCUGAACUGGACUUACCAGGGCUGCAGUAACUGCUCCGAGGAGAUGUUCCUCCAGUUCCGCAUGAAGAUCAUUAACUUGAAGCUGGAGCGGUUCGGGGACCGUGUGGAAUUCUCGGGGAACCCCAGCAAGUAUGAUGCAUCAGUGACACUGAAAAACGUGCAUCUGGAGGAUCAGGGCAUCUACAACUGCUACAUCAUGAACCCGCCCGACCGCCACCGUGGCCACGGCAAGAUUUCCCUGCAGGUCCUCAUGGAAGAGCCCCCUGAGCGGGAUUCCACGGUGGCAGUGAUUGUGGGUGCCUCUGUGGGGGGCUUCCUGGCUGUGGUCAUCUUGGUGCUGAUGGUCGUGAAGUGCGUGAGGAGGAAAAAAGAGCAGAAACUGAGCACGGAUGACCUGAAGACAGAGGAGGAGGGCAAGACAGACGGAGAGGGCAACGCGGACGAUGGCACCAAGUAAUGGGCGGCCCGCCCUGCAGCCCCUCCCUCGUGUCCCGUCUUCCUCUCACUCCGCCCUGCACAGUGUGCCCCCCACCUGUCCGCUCUUGGUGUGCUUGAACUGGGACCCCAGGACCUAUCUGGGGCCUCCUGAACCCCUCACUUCGUAUCCCCCACCCUGCACCAAGAGUGACCCACCUCUCUUUCAUUCGAGAAAGCUGCCAUGGCGUCGGGGAUGUGUGGGCCCUGGGGGGGGGCGGGAGAAGUGGGCUGAAAACUGCCUGUCCCUGAGAGGAGGCAGGAGGCAUGUGUGAGGGGCCCAGAGAGAAGGAGGAGGGCGGGCGGUGAUAGAGGAGGAGGUCAACCGUCCAGCCUGCCCAGCACGUGGGCUUGUCUGGUGGCAGCUUCAGAGAGGAGCUGCGGGUGGGGGAAGGGUUUUCCUGUGCUGCCUGAAGGAGCCUGGGGUGGGGCAUUGCUCCCAGCCCAGGGCAGCCCUCUUGGGCUGGGGGUGGGGAUGGGCUCCUAGAGCCUGGGUGGGGGGCAUGUUGGAGGGACGACUGGGCAUUUCCUGGGUGUUGAAGGAAAGCUGGGGCUGGAGGCAAAUGGAGACAAGCCCUGGCCCAGGAGCUCUGCUCUCACCCUCUUCUCCACUGACAGCAGCUCCCACAGAAGCCUCAUGGUUUUCUGUUGGCUGCUAACCCCCUGGGGUUUUCGGCGAGAGCUGUGCUGAAGAGCCAUUGAGCUGGGCCAUGGGUGGGUCCUGUCGUUUUGGGCAGUGGUCAUUUUCCACCACAGUUACCCACCAACAGGAGACGAAUUUCAAUGAGCCGAGGGCCUGAGGGGGUGGGGCUCCAUUGUAAAGUGGAGUUUGCUGCAGACUGCCUCCUCCAACAGGAUGACCACCCUCAUGGCCAGGAGCAGCCAAGGUGCAGAGAUGGGACGGGGGUGGCAGCCGCGGCAGAGGCGUCCUUGUGCAGAGUGGGCUUCCGCUCAGACUUUCCCAGUCACCCUCAGAGGGGCUUCCAUCUGGCUUUUGGCUAGAGACCAGGGCAGGGAGUGCUUCUGAGGGAAGGGGAGGGGAGGUCCUGUGGCCAUGUUACAUCUGGCGCCAUGUUACACCCUCCCGUGCUCCAACAACUCCCUCCAUGGGGGACAAAGUAGCAUUUGUGGGGAGGCAACUUUCACUGCCAUUUUACUCACAUUAAGAGGGAACUGGUUAAGCCUGAGGAGAGGGAGAGAGACAGAGAAACUGCUGACAUGGAGAACACUACCUUGGAAGACCCUAAAGAUCAACUAGCCAAGUCACUCAUACUACAGAUGGGGAAACUGCGGUUCAAACUGACAGAAACUGAGGGUCCUGUCAUCCUCUGGUGCCUCAGUCUCCAGUUUGAAUCAACAGAGCCAUAGUUUUCCCAGUGGGAGGGGUCUCUGCGGACGGGUAGUUGAGGGAGGUGAGGUGAGGAAAGUGGACUCAGGCAGCCCUGCUCAUCUCCCUGGAGCCCCGCCCCUCCAGGCUGUGACCGAGGCAGGGAUGGAGCAACAGGGAGUAAGAGGGCAGAGUCACUGGCAAUGCUCCAUACCCGCCUAGGCUGACCCUCCUCGGCACUUCCCAGCCUCUCCAGGAGCUCAGCCCCUGCCCCGGCUCAGGGAGUCAGUGUGUGGCAGGCACCAGUCUGGGGUGAGGGGGUGGAGACAGGACUGUGACAGUCUCAGGGACUCUUCUCUGCCUCUGCCCAUCAGAUGGCCAAUUUGAGGUGAAAGCAAUAGCAUAUGGGAUAUUCAGUUUAAUUCGCUUCAAUUCAACAACCAUUUAUUGAGCAUCCGCUACGUGCCAGGCACUGUGCUGGGUGCCUGGGACACACACAAAGCCAUAAUAGAGUUGGGGGCUGCCAGGUCAGCACUGUGGGGACCAAGAUUAAUUUUUUUGGUGCAUCUAAUUCCACCUCUGCAGUCACUGCUUCCAGGGCUGGAGUUGGGGAAGAAGGAAGAGAUUUCAGAGUCUGGGCCCCGGGAAGGGAGGAAAGCAGGGAGAUGCAACAGGGAAGAAGUGACAGGCCAAGUGGAGUGGGCAUAGAGUGGGGGAUGGGCAACCAGCCAGCUAACGCCAGGUGGGGUGGGUCCAGCCCAUCUGGAAAUUCUCUCAUCGGCUCAGUACCUAACUGCCAAUCAAUACACUGCCAAUGGGGGUGGGCUAAGCCCCAGGAUGCCUGGGGCAGGUGGACACUGCCCAUCCUUCGAGCCAACCAGCUGAGUAGGGGGAGGUGGGUGGUGGGCACCUCAUGCCAGCUGAGACCAGGGUUGUCGUAAUACACUUUUGCAGCUUGCAGGUUUCACUUUUUGGCAACCUCUUAAGUACCCUCCUCUCCUGGAUGAGUGAGGAUCUGUGCUGAUGCUGGGAACUUUUCUUUAUCCAGGACUCACAACAUUUAGGGGAAUUAUUUGCAAGAUUCCCUAGGUUUAUUCUAACAAAUCCUAACUUUCCAUAAAGAAGCCCAAGACUUCCAGAUUCCUUUCUUUCCCUGCCCUGACCUAGUGGGGCAUCUCGAGAGCAGCACCUCUCCCUGGGCCUCAGUGGCCCGAGCAGAUGCAGACAGGCCAAUAAACACCUUUGCCCCAGGUGCCCACCCUCAUCUGCACUUACUUCUCGAGCUUCUUAGAAUCUCCUCCAGAGGCCUCCUCCAGGGCAGUGUGGCUGAGAACAAAACGGGGCUUCUACAAGUAGAGGUGGGAAACCCGUGACAUGUUUCCCCGGCAGCCAUUUCUCUACCCUGCUCUCUCGUCGAUACCAGCAAGCUGUUCUGCUUCCUGCGCUCUGGGGUUCAGGCCCCACUCUGGCUGCAUGUCCCCAUCACUGUGCUCUGCUGGGUUCAGUCUGCUGGUUUUCUUAACCGCCCCUGCCUUGCCUGUUCUCUUGGACGCCCCCAUCUGUCUCUUCCUCCUCAUUAAGGGCCACUAUAAGGAAAUAUGGACUGGCCAACCCAUGGGAUUUAGCUUAUAAGAACAAAGCACAAUUUUUCAGGACUGAAAUGCCUUGAGGUGCCUUGGAGCUGGCUUUGAAAAUAGCUAUCUUCCCCCCAGCUAUGGACUAAUCACAAUUAUUCCCAGUUAUAAAAGGGAAAAGCUGAUUGGAUCCAUAUUUCUCCCUGGGAGUCUCCUUGGGGAGGAUGGCCUGGUAAAUAUUUACAAAGUCAGGUUGAGCAGAUGGACAAUUGAAAAUACUGGCCAGGUCCAAAAGGAUAGUCCCAGGCCGUGGGCACGGCUUGGUGCAGGUGGAACGGGUGAUGAUUCAAGAAAUUUUCCUUCCUACUUAUGUCUUAAGGAUAGACAGCCUGUGUCUCUCGCUGUGCCUCUUGCUGAUGUCUUCCUUUAUUGAAGCUUGCUGAUGCAUUUGUACAUAAUCUAUAUAUAGGUAUAGAUAUAUUAUAUAUACAAAUAUAAAACAUCUCACUACACCCACCCCAAAACUUACAUUGUGGGCGGGGGGACAAUCAUUUCUCAAUGUUUUGAGUUGAUUCACCAAAGGCAAAUUAUGGAAUGUUCUUAUUGCUCUUCGUGCACUUGGAUGGAAAAUCUAACUACUUAUGCACUUUCUAGGUGUGAUGUGCUGUGUGGUGGUUGGAAGAGGUGAUGGGGAGAGAAACUUAAAGGGUCCUCUGUGACCCGCCUGCUGUGAUGCGUCUGCUUUUUGGAGUGGACUGACUUUCUUUUGUAGUUUGUCUUAUUGCUUGGAUCUAUUGGCUACAAUAAACAGAUCAUCUCCUCUGAA